CUGACACAUUAAGUAUCGUCCGACGACUACGAGUACCCCGAGGACCCUGAGCUCCAGAAACGCGGUUGCGGCUCCAAGAGAAUGCGCAGCGCCGUCCUUCACCCCGCCGACCAUGUCUGAACUGCGCGCACUCGAGGCCCUUCAAGCCCUGCACGGGGAGCUGGUCGCUGUCCGCCAGCACCGGUACGAGGGCCUGCCGGUCCUGGAACAGCUCCUGGACGCGCAAGCCGACGCGUUCAAAAAGCUGAUCGACAAGCCUCCGCGAAACUCAGCCCACAGACAAUCCCUAGGGACUGGGAAGGUCAAGAUUGACGAAGACGAGUACGCGAUCAACGAUGACUUCGUCAAUGACUGCCUCAAGGUUGCCGACGACCUGGACCUGGACGAACUGGAGGCGGCGAGGAUUCUGCUGGACUGCGAUGCCGAAGGCGACACCGAGACGCAAAGCCGUCCGUUGUGGGAAUGCGCCGUCAUUCGUUUCCACCAGGAGCGCAGGUACCUUCUCGACUGCAUGCGCCUCAUUUGCGAGAUAGCGGCCGACGACGAGCUUGAACCGGAGCUACAGGACUCCUUCGGCGCCAUUGCCGAGGAGAAGGUGUUUGGCAUUCCGCCACCUGGGUCAAGGGCGGGGGAGGCUGUGAAGAAGGCUGUGCCGAGGUUCAUGGAGGCCAUGCAGAGUGUGCGGUCCAUGCUGCAUAGCAUGAUGGAGAAGGCCACGGGGCGGAGCUUGCUGCAGCAGGCCGACCUCGUGCGGGCGCCGGAAAACCAAGAAACGUUCGACUUCUCGCGCGCAAGCCUCGUGGAGCAGCACGAAUGUCUGGCAGCAAUUCUACACGCCGCCGUCGAGAAACGUCAUGCGACCGUCAAAGAUUUUCAAGACUUCAUCGAGACCCUGAGGAGGGUUGACAAGUACGACCACUUUCUCGUGCACCUGUUCCCAGUCCUCGCGGCGUAUAUCUCAGCGUUCGGCUCCACCGAGGGAGUGAGCGAUCUCCAGCAAGCCCGCCAGCUGAACGGGGUAGUCAUCAAGCCGACCGACGACGCCUGGGCCCUUCCACAUCUUGGCGCCGCCGUCCGGGCAUGGUGGAUUGCCGAGUACAGUGAAUGGUACUUGGACGACACCAUCUACGACUUUCAGGGGAUCAACCUCGACGAGGAAGACGAGGAGAGGAACAAACAAUUCAUGGAGGCGCUAAAGGAGGGUGCCUUCGACUUCAUCUUAGCUGUGGCUGCUGAUUGUAGGGCCCAGGAAUGGCAGGACCCGUCGCGCCUGGGAAUGCGUCAAUGGCUCCAGCGGAAGUCUCCUCCCCUGGCUUCGGAUCCCUUCCCCUUCAGCCACUUUCUCCAGCGGAGCUUGAUGGUACACUUGGAGGAAUUCGUGGACGCUUGCAUCUCCAACCUUCCAGAUAUGCUUCGAAAACUAAGAACCCAGGAGGAUGAGCAGAGACAGCUCAGCCAAAACCACGAGCAAGACUUUGAUCUCGAGCGCUUCCUGAUAAUCGUCUCAUAUGCCUACGAAGGGCGACCUGACGCGGCCAUGUCUUUCUGGGAGGAUCCAGAUAGCAACCUGGCCGGCUUCUUGCACUGGGCGUCAAGACGAGCAUCCACUCCGCUUGUGAGCGCGUUUUGCGAAAUGCUGCAGUGCCUCUCGGACAGUGAGGAAUGUGCAACGGCUGCUCACAUGUUUCUGCUAGACGAGGGCCACCAAUCUUCCGGCAAGAUGAAGCGCUCCCAGUCAUUGACGUGGUCCCAAAUCUUCAAAGAGCUGGAUUAUUUUACGAGACAGCUUCGUGAUAAGCCAGCGCCGGCACAGGCCCAGGUCAUGCAACGCCCCAGUAAACCUGGAGCUGACUUGGCCGAGACGGAGCCCGAGUCUGCAUUGAUGCUGGAGUGCUAUUUGAGACUGAUUGCCAAGCUGACAACAGAGAGCGCGGUUGCCCGGCAGAGGAUGUUGAUGGACGAGGAGAUGCGGCUGGUCGAUACACUCUUCAGGCUUGGAGAUGGUCCACUACCGGCUCGGCUCCGCGCUUGCAUCUUCUACGUCCUGAAAGCCUUGAUGACGCAAAAGCAAGUCCCCGAAAGUGAAGCGCUCUGGAGAUAUGUCGAUGCGUGGGCAACGAACACCCUGCCUAACCCGGGAGCCCAGCAAAGGGUGACAUACCUCGGGCAGCCUCUCACCCCGGAAGGUCACAUGGAAGCAAUCUUAAACGACCUUAGCGGUGGCUUCGAAGAGUCGAACGCGUUCAUUCAGCUUCUCGCGUCCCUCUUCGCCCCUCUUGAUGGCCCCGAGGGGCUGAACGACAGCCUGACGUUCCCCGAGGAUCUGGGGAGUAACAUUCGCGCGCCUGGGAUGGAGCCCUACGUCGACUUUGUCUUCCGCGUCUUCUCGCAGAAGUCCCAGGAGCUUGCAGAUCCUGGUCAGCUCAGAGCGCUGCGCCUCAGCUGUCUCGAAUUCGCCUUGACCUGCUUGUCGACUUUCAACGAGGACUUGAUCAUCUUGGGUAAUGAGAGCAAUAUUGCCAUUGACGUGGCGAUGCCGACUACCGAUCUGGCCACAUACGUUCGCCUUCAUCCGUUCGCCCGCGUCAUGGAGUGGCUGUUCAACGAAAAGGUUGUCAACGCCCUUAUUCGCACUAUCCACCAAGAUCCCGUCAGUCUAGGCAGCGCAUCUCCCGACUCGCCUCUGGUUCUCAGCAUUCUACGGGGCAUCCAAGUCAUGAUCAAGGCUCUCGACCUACAGGAGACUUAUCUGCACCUUGUGCGCCCUCUCGUUCAGUCGGAGAAGCAACGACGCGCUUCGGUGGCCAACGCCGCGUAUUCCUCCUUCGAGGACGGUAUCUUGAGCCACCUUGGCUUGGUGGUCGACCUGGGCAAGUACUGCAAUCUCGGCCACGGUGAGUUGACCCUUGCCUGUCUGAAGCUGCUCGAGAAGAUCUCUACGUCCCCCAGGAUCAUCUCGGCGUGGAACCCGGAUACCGGCCGUCUUGGGCACCGGAAUAAAGCGAUCGUCCAACUUGAGAAGGACGGGGAGGGGCAUACCAUCGCCGCGUCGCUCGCCGCAAAUAUCUCUGCCCCCUUGGACCCGGCUCUGGAGGCCGAGUCGGAAAAUUACGUGAUCAAGCUGUUUAUUCUGGAUUUCAUCUACGAGUGCCUCAAGGCGACGCCCGACCAGCCAACCAUCGCUCACCUCCUCCUCGGUUUCCACUGCGAGCUGAACCGGCUAACCAUCGAGCCGAGGGGGGCGUUUGACGCUCAGAAAUCACUGUUCCACAGUCUUCUCAAUAUCGCCAUUGAAAUCUCGGUGUACGAGGAGGAGCACGGCAUGCGCGGGUACCUGAUCACCUUGAAGUACCGGAUCCUGCGCAUCUUGCAGAUUCUCUGGAAGUCUCCACUAUCUGCCACUCUGGUUAUGGACGAAUUGAGAGCCACCAACUUCCUCUUCCACAUGCUUCUGAGGGAGAUCCAGAUCCAGCCGGACCUGAGAUGGGACGACUUGCAGGCGGACAACCCCGAGUUCCUGCUCUCAAACGCCUCGGUCGCGUAUAUCGAUUAUCUUGGGGCGCGAGCCAUGAUCUUUGAGUACAUCGGCAAAGAGCUGUGCAGCGUCUCGCAGAACAGGAUACCCUCCGUCAAGCGCCAGAUCUUCGACGCCUUGAACGGCACGAUCAAGAUGGACAACCAGGAGCCUUUGAGCCUCGCCAACAUCUUUGAUUUCUUUGACUUCCUCAAUCCCGACGCCAACUGGGACGUUCCGCCGCCGCAAUUUGUCUUCUACAAGGACCUCGACAUCAGACCGUCCGCCGUCGAGCAUCCAGAGGCGGGGUUACAGUAUAACAUUCACAAAGUACGGGAGACCAUCGCGCUGAAGCGGAACGAGUUCAGGGACUCGUUUCAAGUAAUGACCCCGCAGCAUCUGGACGCCAUCGAGACCGAAGAGAGAGUAUUGGUCGAGUACUUGACAUUUACCAAUCGUCAGAAGCUGUUCGGCGCGGCGAGGCUCACCCUGCUCAGGGCGUGGGCCAACCUGCUCCUGGUGAUGUUCGAAGCCAACGACUUUAAGGGCACGCAUAAGAUGGCGUUCCUGCUGCAAGCACUGCAGGCCAUCCUGCCAACCCUCGAGGCCUACAGCACGCUGAGCCACGCCGAAGCAUUCGAGCUUGCGCGAGUUGCCAAAGUGCUCCUUUUUAAGCUCGACCUCGACGAUGAUGACGACAGCUCCGGCUCGGCAGUGGAAAGAGAGAGAUUUGCCAUUGGAAACCUCAUCAGCGACAAGCUCUUCCAGCUCUUCCAGGUCUGUCUCAGCUCCAUUAGCAAGUGGGCAGGCAGUGCCGAACUCCGCUCGCUGUACUAUGGCAUCUGCUACCGCUACCUCACCGCCGUUGUCGACAGAGACGCCACGGCGGCGCCAGGGCCUCGCAGCCGCGGUCUCGCAACUGCCCGUGCCAGAACCUUGAAGGCAAUCCAACUCCACGGCGACCGCCUCCUCAACGUGAUCUGCGACGACGCUUACGGUAGCGAUAUUACCUGCCAAACCGCCGCUACCGUCCUCCUUUCGGCACUCGUCCACACCUCGCGGCGCUCGGACGACGAUGUGACCAUCAUCGAAUCUCUCAACCGUCUCAACUUCCUCGGCGUCCUCGUCGACUCCCUGAAAACCAUCCUCACCGACUGGCUCUCCGUCAUCAGCCCCCCCGCCAACUCCGGCCCCCCGAAUUCCGCCACCCAACAGCAGACCGAACAGUACCUCUCCGCUAAGCUCGCCCUCCUCCUGCAGAUCGCCCAGACGCGGCCCGGCGCAAAGUACAUCCUCCAAGCGAACCUGUUCCGCGCCCUCGAGAUCGCAGGCGUCUUCGCCGCGGACCCGGAGCUGCAGGUCGACGCCCGGGAUACCCGCGCGCUCGAGAAGCACUACACGCUGCUCGUGGCGCUGGCGCGCAUCGUCGGCGCGGCGGUGCUCGCGCGCGGCGCGCACAACGUGGUGCAGGGGCGGCGUUUCCUGACGCAGCACCGGAUGCUGGUUGUGCAUACGCUCAAGCGGAGCGCGGGGAUUGGGAUGGGCAUCGGCGGCGGCGGCGGUGGCGGUGGACAGUGGCAGGGGCAGGGGAAUGGGACCAGCCUGUUUGGCGGAAGUGUCGUGGCGAGAGGGGGAGGAGGGGGGGGCCAGGAUGACGCGGAAGCGCAGGCGGCGCUGGAGGAGAGGAUUGACGAGCUGGCGGAGGCAUUCAUGCUCCUGAUCACUGCGACCGACUUUUUGGAGUAUGAGGCGGGCCAGGUUCCUGCUGAGAAGCCGAGGGUGGCACCCACGCUUUUCCAUUGACGCUUCUCGUUACGAGGGCAAAAUAUCCUUGUAUCAUUGAACGGCAACGAGUGGCGGAAGGAGGAAUGAAUAGAGGGAAGAAGGAAAGCA